AUGACCGACAUUCUAAACGUCAAGGACGAGUCAGUCUUCGACGAUCGCAUCGUCAAGAUCGAGACUCACACGUACAACCCUUUUCUGUACAUCGAAGGAAAAUUGACAAAGAAUGCAGUGGUACCGAACGCCGACGUGACACUGGGAAAUAAUUGCGUCGCUUUCAUGUUCGAUGAGAUUCGCUACGAACUCAAAGGUGUGGAGAUUGAUCGCAACAGAAACGUGGGCACUGAGAAUGAUGGAUACUUUAAUUUCUGCGUACCGCUCAACGUACUACUGGGAUUCUGCGAGGAUUACAGACGCGUGGUGAUCAACGCUCGUCACGGGUUGAUUCUGAUACGAUCGCGCAACGAUGUGAAUUGUCUGUUGGGAAAUUGGACGGUGGAGCCGAAGCUUGAACUGUUCAAGAUCCAAUGGCGAAUGCCGCACGUGGUAUUGAGCGAGAUAAAUAAGUUGUCGAUGCAACGGGCCUUGGGGAGUGGACGAUACCUGAGCAUGCCUUUUCGCUCGUGGGAUCUGUACGAGUACCCGUUUUUACCGAAUACGACGAAACAUUCCUGGGCUAUGAAAACUGCGACUCAGCUGGAAAAACCGCGAUACGUCAUCUUUGUUCUGCAAACGGAUCGAAAGAAGAUGGCCGAGGAUACGAGCCGAUUCGACGACUGUAAAUUGACCAACGUGAAACUCUACCUGAACUCGGAAUGUUAUCCGUACGACGACUUGAAUCUGGAUUUCACUAAAAACAAAUGGGCGAUUCUGUACGACAUGUACUCGCGUUUCUGCAAGGGCUACUACGGAUACGAGUAUCUCGAACCGAAUAUCACCGUUACGACUUUUUUACGAAACGGUCCGUUCGUAAUCAUCGAUUGCUCUCGACAGAACGAAUCGGUCAAGAGCGCGACCGUGGACGUGCGAAUGGAAUUUGUGUGCAAGGAGAACGUACCCGCGAAUACUACCGCGUACUGUCUCAUCAUACACGAUCGCGUGGUCGAGUAUAACCCGCUGACCAACGUUGUGCGCAAAAUCAUCUAA